AACAAUUUCAUGUAAUUGUUUCUUUAAAAAAUAUACAAAAUGAUUGUGAAAAAUAAAGGAAAUCUAUCGCAUUAUGGACUUGAUAAAUAAUUUAGUGAAAAGUGAGUUAUUACCCUUGGAUUCAAUAUUUUGAAACAUUUAAUUGAUUAUUCAUAUAUAACUUAGACUUUUUAAAUAUAUUAUGGUUAACAAGGUCUUUUACAAUAACUAUUGAAAAAGACUUUAACAAAAUUCAUGUUCCUGCCAUGCAUAAAUCUUUAUUAUCAAAGCAUUGACUGCGAAAUCUGAUAACGUUACAAGCAAACUCCCCGUCGAGGCCUCAUUACGUCACAGUGCCUACGAAUUUGUGAGCAAACGAACUCUGGUGGAAGUUUGCGUUACAAGAGGAAGUAUCUGAGCCGACGAAAUGUCGUCACCAGCGUUAUUCAUUGUGACAUCAUCAAUCACAGAUGAGCCGUUUGACUAUGACGUCAAAGAUUUCUAUGACAUCACAAUAGAAAAUAACCAUGGAAAAUGAUUACCUUCUGUCUAUGAAAAAACUUCGAUGUUUGCAGGUUUUUUACGAUUUAGGAAUUCUUCCACAUAGAUUAAGCAAGGAUAAGAAUAAGCAGUUACUGCAGAGCCCGGAAGUAAUAUCUUUGGUUAGGCGUCAGAAAAGGUAUCCUCGCGGCUUCAACGAGAAUCUCUACAAUAUACAAAGCGCCCAGAAUAAACCAAUUAAUGAAAGUCUACUUCCAGGCGUCCAAUUUACGGAGAUUUCAGAGCAACCCUCAGGAGAGGGCGGUAUAAAGCGAUGGGAAUCAGACGGGCCAGGUUGUAUUCCUUAUUUGGAAAAAACAGAGGAAAGACGUACGUCAAUUCUGUUACCAAGUCAUUCUCAGUUACUUAGGCGGCCGAAAGCAAAUACCCUUACGAUGUUAAAAGAAAAGGAUUUGCAUUUGAAGAUCUUCACAAAGCAGUUAAUCUUUAAAGACAGAAACUUUCCGCCAAUUGAAAAUCAGUUUAUAUACUAUCUUAUGAACUUCCCUCUCCUCUUUGAAGAGAAGAAAAAGGGCGUCAGAGUUAUAAAGCAAAACAGAACUCCACAACACAUAUCUGCUAUAUCUCCAGAACUGAAGCACGGAAUUCUGAUGAAAUAUCGCCUGUUUAAUCAUCGGCGCGAUUUGAAGGAACUGGAAAAUGAAGAACCGGGUGUGUUUGAAACGGAAUUGUGGGACGAUGUGUUUGACCCAACAACCUGGGAUUGUAAUAAUUUUUCUGGCCGUUUUACAGUUCGCACCAAAACAAGAGAGAAACAAGGAGACGAAGCCAUUCAUCUCUGAUGAAUGUAACAAUAUGUUUCUACUCUUUUCUGAAAUCCGAGUUUCAAUCAAGAACUUCUUUUUACACAACAUGUUCAGUGUCAUAUAAAUCUGUAUUGAUAUAUCAGUGUCGUAUAAAUCUGUAUUGAUAUAUCAGUGUCGUAUAAAUCUGUAUUGAUAUAUCAGUGUCGUAUAAAUCUGUAUUGAUAUAUCAGUGUGAAGUUCGAAUAAAGUUUCAGUUACUUUUUGUCGUCAUUCGAAGCGUGGUAAAAUAUAUAUAGAAGAAAAAGAAAGUUUCCUU